AGAGGAAGGCGACCUGUCCAGAAAGCGACAUUCAUUGGUCGUCUCCGCAUCACGGUCAUAGUGAACCCAGUCGCCGAUAACUACGAAAGCGGUGUCUUGAGACUGUUGCCGAAAUCCAGCAAGAGAUAGGACACCAAGACAACCACAGAAUUGGGGAAUAAAACGAACUAGCGUCAGAUUAUACUGUCCAGCAUUGAAGCAGCGAUGAUACAGGCAGACAAGAAAAGGCUAUCAAAUGUCCUCCUAUUCCUGAUUCUCUCCGCCGUCAACGUGGCCUUCAACGCCGCCGCGGGUCCAGCAGCGGUAGCGACAGGGGCGCAUGUCAACGACUCCAGCGCGCCGCCCCCGCCCGGCCGGGUGCUGGGGAUCGGGGCCGCGGCGGGCGCGACAAGGGCGGGUGUUCCGGCGUUUGUCGGGCUCCUCACGCUGGUCAACUACCUUGGUGUCGGGCCCGCACAUCUGCUCAUCGUGGUCAGCAGUGUCUUUGGCCUGUCGGUGCUACUCACGGCGCAGGUGUGCAAUGAGGCACUGGGUGAGACUCCGCCCGAACUCCUCAAGGCGGCACUCGUCGCCGCCGUGCCGAUCCAGCUCGAGACAGCGAUAAGAAUCAAAAUAACACCAAGCGGGAAAGAAUAUAAAAAGAUAGGCAAGGCGCGCAUGCUUGUCACCCUUCUAAUCCGAUAUUUACAGAUUAUUGGGUGGGACGCCCUCUGUGGUUACACUUUUGCGACGAUGGCUGGAAGCCUGGGGCGGCCCGUGUGUUCAAGAACCGCCGCCGCCGCCGCCGGAGGUGUGUAUGGCGCUGUGUGGGGGAUUUCCAAGCUGAUAUCGGACUUUGCCUCGAGAUGGUUCGAAAUUAAAAAUGAGUGAGCACUGUGGCGGCCAGUAAAGUACUACUUUGCCUACCCGGUACAGCGCUUUAAUUUUAUAUGUCACGGUCCCCCGGAAACAGCCAUCACCCUCCGGCCACGUCCAGGUAUGCCUUCUCCUCUUCGACGUCGGCCCCGGACGGCGGCGUCCCCUUGGUUGAGUUGCUCAAUAAACGCCCUCGUCGCUACAUUCUUUCUC